CUGCAAUGAUAUAAUAAACAGUGAAUUGUGUAUUGAAAAAAGGGGCAGAUUUUGGACACAAAUUAUAACAAUAUUUAAUCCCAUUUAAGACAACAAUCAAUCGGUGGAAGCGAUGGAAGACUACGAGCGGAUCCUUUUAAUCAAAUCCGAUGUCUUCAUAUUCAAGAUUCCGCCCAAGACUACCAAUAGAGCCCAUCGAGCCGCCGACUGGAAACUGGACGCUCCCGACUGGACGGGUCGACUCAGACUUGUGGCCAAAGGCAAGGAAUGCAUUCUCAAACUGGAGGACAAGAUGACGGGUCAGCUUUUUGGCAAAUGUCCGGUCGAUAAAUAUCCGGGAAUAGCUCUCGAAUCGGUGUCCGACUCGAGCCGUUAUUUUGUGAUUCGUCUUCAGGACGACAACGGGAGGAACGCCUUCAUUGGCAUCGGUUUC